AUGCGCAACCCAUUCGAUUUGGACUUUGAGAGUGUUGACGGAGACUCCGAACCCGCCCAGGAUUUCGAGCUCCCCGAACAACAUGUGCACCAGCAUGUGGAGGACAAACAACGGGAACAACUCAACCUCAACUAUCGUCCAAAACAAAGAGACGAUGGGGAUCGUUCUUUGCUGCAGGAUGAGGAUGAGGACGAAAUGAAGAGUCGAUUCAUUGGUACCAUUGAUCAGGGUACAACGAGUACACGAUUCAUCAUCUUCGACUGCACAGGCGUUCCUAUCGCCAAAUACCAAACUGAAUUCCACCAGAUUCAUGAACACCCAGGAUGGCACGAACAAGACCCUUACGAAUUGGUUGAAUCGGUCUAUAUUUGUAUUGAAGAGGCCAUGAAAUCCUUCCUUGCCCUCGGCUACUCCACCUCCGACAUCGAAGCCAUUGGUAUCACCAGCCAAAGAGAAACUGCUUUGGUCUGGGACUGGGAGACUGGCGAGCCCCUGCAUAACGCAAUCACGUGGACCGAUACUCGGACCGUCAACCUGGUACGGGAACUGAAGGAAAAGCCCGGCGCCGACGAACUCCGUAAUAUUUGCGGCCUACCCUUAUCUACAUACCCCUCAUCUGUCACACUACGAUGGAUGCUCGACCAUCUGCCCGAUGUCAAGUCGGCUUAUGAUGAUGGCCGGGCCGCAUUCGGAACUGUCGACAGCUGGCUCAUCUACAACCUUAAUGGUGGUCCUCAGAACAAGCGUCUGGUUACGGAUGUGACCAAUGCCUCACGAACCAUGUUCAUGAACCUCGAAACCCUCCAAUACGACGAUCGCCUCUUAAAGUUCUUUGACAUCGACCCAACUAAGAUCCGUCUACCCGAGAUUCUUCCCUCAGCCGAUCCCGAGGGUUUCGGUAAAGUUGCCGAAGGGCCACUGGAGGGUGUUCCCAUUACCAGUUGCCUGGGUGACCAGGCUUCGGCUUUGGUCGGCCACUGUGCAUUUUCUCCGGGAAUGGCGAAGAACACUUACGGCACCGGAUGCUUCCUUCUUUACAACGUGGGCGAGAAGCCGGUUAUCUCGAAGCACGGUCUCUUGGGCACAGUCGGUUUCCAAUUAGGGCGAGACCGCAAGGCCGUCUACGCACUGGAAGGCAGUGUGGCUGUGGCGGGCAGUGGUGUCUCUUUCCUAAUGAAUAACCUCGGCUUCUUCCGCGACUCCCGUAAGGUCAGCGAUUUGGCCGCCAGCGUGCCGGAUAACGGAGGCUGCAUCUUCGUCACUGCGUUCAGUGGUCUCUUUGCUCCUUACUGGAUCGAUGAUGCCCAGGGAACUAUCUGGGGAAUCACCGCCCACACACAAAAGGGACACAUCGCCCGUGCAACUAUGGAAGCGGCCUGUUUCCAAACCAAAGCUAUUCUCGACGCCAUGGCAAUGGACAGCGGCAAGGGCUUGACAGAACUGGCUGUUGACGGCGGCAUGAGUAACUCCGACGUCUGCAUGCAGACCCAAGCCGAUAUUAUUCAAAUCCCCGUUGAACGUCCCUCAAUGCACGAAACCACUGCCCUCGGCGCCGCCAUCGCCGCUGGCUUCGCCAUCAACAUCUGGAAGGAUUUCUCCGAACUUAAGCAUAUGAACCGCGCCAACCGAGCCUCAUUUACCCCCACGAUGUCCGUCAAAGCCAGCGGCCGCAUGUAUAAAAAGUGGUCCAAGGCCGUGGAGAUGUCACGCGGCUGGAUGGCCGACGAGGAUAGAGAGGAACACAAUGACGACGAAUAA